AUGGCAGCACCAGCAGCUCGAUUGGCACUCAUCAUUCUCUUCUCGCUGCUCGUCGCCCUGGUCUCUCACCGAUUCGUCAGACGCCCCUCGUCCUUCCUCAAUUUCAAUCCCAUCUCAACAAUGGUCACCGCCACAAAGGCACCAGUCUUCUUCAUCAGCCAUGGAGGACCGCCCACCAUGUUUCAACCUGAGCACCCUGCCUAUCAGCAUUGGCGUGAAUGGGGGAAACAAGUGCGGGAACUUCAUCAGCAAGGCGUCAUUCAAGGGCUUGUCUUCAUCAGUGCCCAUUGGCAAGCCGAAAACCUCGACCAAGGUGUAUACGGUAGGUCCUCAGCUACAGCACAGUCCAUUCCAGUGAACGUCGACGAGCGUAACCCUCUCGUCUACGACUUCUACGGCUUCCCGGAUCAUUUCUACAAGCAAAAGGUGGAAUCUUCCAACCCCUCCAACGUCUCCGCACUCGUGCUCGAGCAUCUGCGUCAAUGUGGCGUUCAGGCAUUUCCUGUGAAGCGCGGAAUCGACCACGGCGUAUGGUGUCCUCUCAAAGUUGCAUUUCAGAAACCAUUCCUCGAGGACCUGCCGUCGGGCAACGCCGAAUCGCAAUCAGCGUCGAUCAACGAUCCCUCGCAGCUGCCCCCCACCCUGUCUCUGACUCAGCUCUCUUUGCCUGCGUCAGAUUCUUCUCUGGACUCCUUGAAGCUCGGUGCUGCCCUCCGCAGGCUUCGCGAUCAGGGAUUCGCCAUCGUAGGCGGCGGUAUGUCGGUGCACAACCUGCGCGAGGCCAUGAAGGCUUUUGCACUGGUCGGAAGGGGCUUCGGCGCCCUGCAGCCCACUUCCUACUCUUCCAGUUUCCUGAGCGCGCUCACGGAGGCUAUGACGGCUCCACGUGUAUCACGAGACGAGGAGAAGUGGGCCAAGGCCAUCAAUCUCGACAAGAGACAUGAUUUCCUGCCAUCGCAUCCCACUCCGGAACACUUUCUGCUGAGGGCCCGCCCCUUUCUCUUCUUGGAACCAGCCGCGCUCGUGGCACUGGGAGCUGCACACUCCGACGAGCAAGGCGUCGAAACCUUUGCACUCGACGAAGGCCCCAUGGGUUGGAACAUGUACAGGUGGGGAUGA